CGCCGCCGUCGUCGUCACCGUGCGGGCGACAAGCCCCCGCGUGCGUGCGCCGUCCCGUGUCAGGCGCUCCCUCCGCCGGUGAUCACCCUGCGCUGAUCAGGCGGCACCGCGCGUGCGCUUGCGGACCCAACCUUCCCUCCCGACCACCAUGAUGAAGAGAUGCGCGCGCUGGCCGUCGAUCCCUGUACAGUCGCUCGCUUCCCCCUUGGCUUCUCUUCUGUCCCUCUCUGUUUCGUCCCCUUCCGCUCUUUCGCCUGCGGGUCCAUCGACGUCCAGAUUGCCUCCGACGAGCCGGUCGUCAUCGUUGGUUUUCGCACACUCGAACCUCGUGCGGGCGAUUGCGGUGCUCCUCCUGCAGUCCUUCCUCGUUACGAGAGCCGAGGCGUUUCAGUGGGUCUUCAACACUAGCCAAGCCUCUACGAAUUUGCAAGUGUGCGAUAGCUUUGGCGUGAAUGUAUCAGCAUCAUCGCUGGAUGAGGGAUAUGGCGACGUGGGGACGGGCCCCUACUACAUGCUUGCGUUCCCCGUCAAUGGUACCCCCACCACGCAACAUAUCGGCGAUAGCGUAGGCCAGCUGAGUUGGACGGCAAAUCAUGAGCCAGGCACCCAGCUCUUCCUGAGCGUUGUCGACUCAAAUAAUGCGACUGGUGGUAUCCCCCAAUCACCGUACAACAUCGUCGCCGCGAAUGGCAACACCUCGUGCGUUCCGUCCUCCGAGGAGACAGACUUCGAGGUCUGGUCAAAUCUCACGAGUACGACGCUGGAGACGUGCCAGCCAUGGGGGCUGCGGAUCAGGGGCGGCUCCCCUCCAUAUACCGUCUACCUGAUGUCCUUGGGCGCUACCGUAAUCACGAACGCAACCAUGGGCCCAGAUAACGAUGCGUAUACCUACAUCAACCGGGCAGGACCAGGCUCGCAGAUGAUCGCCGGCGUCUCUGACAAAGACGGCAAAUGGGCCUCGGGCUCGCCGUGGGUGCGGACCACGGGCAGUACGGACGUGCUUUGCGACGGCAUGCAGAGCAGCUUCGGGGUCGCGUCCGAGCUUGAUAACCCGUCAUCCAACAAGGAGUCUGAGUCCAAGUCUCCUGCGCCUCUGGCUAUCGGGCUCGCGCUGGGGCUUGGGAUACCCAUCUUGCUGCUAGGCGUUUUCCUCUUUGUCCGAUGGCAGAGACGACGGGGCGGGAUGGGCUCGCUGGCGGACGAUCCGAGUCUGAAGCCGACGGCGUACUUUGCUCCCUAUGCCCACAGUGCAGCCACGGGUCCGGACUCGGCGGCGGCGGGCGACCGUAAUCGCAUGGACAGCAUGAGCAAGAGCGGCACCGGAGCCUAUCACGACAAGGGGCAUGAUACCACCGCGUCUCCGACCUCUAGGCGUACGGAGGCGAGCGCGGAUGCGCGCUUCCCGCCCGGGCUGACGUUGGCCUCGUCGACGCGGCAGUCGUCGAAGGGCUCGCCGGUGGAUACGCGUUCGCCCGUGGACCUGCGAGGAUCGCCGACUGCUACGCGCUCGCGCACCGACGCGAGCUCGCCGUCAGAUACGCGGUCUCCCGCCGACUUGCGCUCGAAUCCCACGUCGCGGACGUCGGGUGGUGAUGAGCAUGAUGGCGUCGACGAGGUCAUCAUCCAGCACCGCGACGCCGGGCCUCAAGGGCAGCGCGUCAUCCGGGAGCUGCCACCGCCAUAUACGGACCUGAGCGAGGGUGGGGAGGAGACGCGCUAGCCUUGUCUCUGAUAAGGGGUUUCUACUUUCUUUCAUUCGGACUGAUACCUCGGAUAGUUGCCACACAUGUUCCUGGACAUACCCGGGCGUUUAUGUUGUCUUGUGUCCUGUAAUACCAUUUGGUCGGCAAGAAUGGUUUUCUUGCGAUGGACCUCAGCGA